UCUCUCGCGCUUUCUCGCUCUCCCCAAUAUGACAGUCACUCUGGACUUUGCGGAAUGUCUCACGGACUCGCCACGUACCAGGGCAGCCAUGGAGGAGGUGGAAUCAGAGGUCUCCGAUCUGGAGUCUCGGCUGGAGAAGCUCGUCAAACUCUCAGCCGCCAUGGCCGACGGCGGCCGUCAGUACUGCGGUGCCAGCCGUCAGUUUGUGGGAGCCCUGAGAGACUUAUCCUCCCACGCGCCGGGGGACUCCGUGCUCAAGGAAUGUCUCAAGCGUUUCACCGAUGGUCUCGGUGCCAUGGUAGACAGUCACACGGAUCUUCUGGACUCCAUUCAAGAAAGCUUCAAACACAAACUUCUUCAUCUUCUGAAAGAGGAUCUGAGAUCUUUUCGAGACAGUCGGAAGGAGUUAGAACGCUGCCGGGAGGGCCUGGAGAGUGUCCUGCAUCACAACGCAGAGAUAUCCCGCAAGAAAACCCAAGAGGUGCAGGACUCGGCAGUCUCCGUGUACACAGCCCGUCGGGCCUUCCGAGAGCGAGCGCUGGAAUACGCCCUGCAGAUUAAUGUCAUUCAAGGAAAGAAGAAAUUUGAUAUCCUGCAAUUUAUGCUGCAGGUGAUGGACGCCCACGCCACCUUCUUGGCACAGAGUCAGUUGGCCAUACAGAGCCUGGAUCAGUACCGCCGUGACCUGGCCACGCAGGUUCACCAGUCUGUGUUGGAAGCGGCCCGGGAGCAGAGAGACCUGGAGCAGAAGCUCAUUACCAUCAAAGACAAGGAGGUCUCUGACGAGGAUGCCGUCUCGCAGGGUGAGGACGCGUCUUCUGAUGUAGUGAUAGAAGGAUAUCUCUUCAAACGGGCCAGUAAUACAUUCAAGACGUGGAGCCGUCGCUGGUUUUCCAUCCAGAAUAAUCAGUUGGUUUAUCAGAAGAAAGUGGACGUCGUGACCGUCGUGGUGGUCGACCUUCGCCUCUGUGCGGUUAAACUCUGUCCCGAUGCCGACAGACGGUUUUGCUUCGAGGUUGUGUCGCCGACAAAGUCAUGCAUGCUGCAGGCAGAGUCCGAGCGGGUCUUACAGCUGUGGGUCAGCGCAGUCCAGCGCAGCAUCACGACCGCCUACAACGACAACAAGCGGGACAGCGGCAGCCUACGCCUGCCACGAUCUGCUACCGAGGCGCCCGAGCAGCAGAGAGGUUUGCAGUGCGCACAGGAUGCCGUGCUGAGGGUCCCUGGAAACGCCGCCUGCUGUGAUUGCCGGGCAGCCGAGCCGGAGUGGGCCAGCAUCAAUCUGGGGGUGACUCUUUGCAUAGAGUGCAGCGGGAUCCACAGAAGUUUAGGGGUACAUUUCUCCAAAGUCCGCUCGCUGACGCUCGAUUCCUGGGAGCCGGAGCUCAUUAAGCUCAUGUGCGAACUCGGAAACAACACAAUCAACGCCAUUUACGAGGCCCGAGUGGAAGAAAUGAACAUAAAGAAACCAACUUCCUGCAGUACACGCAGUGAGAAGGAGAUAUGGAUUCGGGCAAAGUAUGUAGAGAAGAAGUUUAUCACCAAGCUCCCUCAGACGGCGCUGCGCACCUCCGCUCCUCAAACCAACCGGCCAAUCAGCAGCCCUGAAGUAAGGAGCGCAGGACACAGGCCUAACAGCGGAGCCGACGUGAAGCCGCAGACGGGCCGGGCGACCGCCGCCACGGCCAGACAACGAGGGAGUGAGCAUGGGGCGGACGCAGAGGAGAACCAAUCACUCAGCAGGCUCCGAAAAACUCCUAAGCCAGUGCUGAGACCGAAACCGGGCCUGGCUCCGCCCAUGAGGGGGGGAGGCUGUGGAUAUGGGGAAGCGGUUGACGUGCGCAGCCUCCACCCCGGGGCCCUCUUAUACCGAGCCGCUGAGCAUCGCUACCUCCCUACAAUGGCAGACGCUCUCGCCCACGGCGCGGACGUGAACUGGGUGCGGGCGGAUGAGGAUGGGAAGACCCCUCUGAUCCGGGCCGUGCUGUCGGACUCUCUUGUUGCCUGUGAGUUUCUUCUGCAAAACGGGGCGAAUGUAAACCAAGCCGAUAAGGAUGGAAGGGGGCCGCUGCACCACGCCACCCUGCUGGGGUACACAGGGCUGGCGUGUCUCUUCCUGAAGCGGGGCGCGGAUAUUAACGCCGUGGACACCCGCGGGAAAGACGUCCUCUCCAUCGCCAUAGAAACGGCCAACGCCGAUAUCGUGACUCUGCUGCGCUUGGUGAAGAUGAGAGACAGCGACCUCGCGCAUGGACAAGCAGGAGACGAGACGUUCAUGGACAUAUUCCGCGACUUCUCUCUCAUGGCUUCAGACGCCCCAGAGAAGCUCUCCCGCAGAAGCCAUGACAUGCGGCUCAGCACCCUGUAAGCGAGGAUCACAACCGCCCCGCCUGGGGGCAUUAAAACCGUGACGGACCAGAGGAAGCUCCGUAAGAAGUUCCAGGCGUCCCCCCCCCCGCCUGAUUAAAGACAAAUCUUAUCUAAUUACCUGUUUUUGGUUUCAGUAAAAAAGUUAAAAAAUAGAAA